GACGAUAAAGAAGUUACAAGGAAGACAAGAAAAUUGGUGGAAAAUAAAACAAGUGGAAUAACUCAAAAAGGAUAAACGCAGGUCAUCCAAUUGCAUAGUAAAAGCAAAAAACAGUUGAAAAAUAUUCACAACCAAUCAUGGGUACUAGAGAAGAUGAAUACGAUUAUUUAUUUAAAGUUGUGCUAAUCGGCGAUUCUGGCGUUGGUAAAAGUAAUUUGCUGUCCCGCUUUACGCGCAAUGAAUUUAACUUGGAAUCGAAGUCGACAAUUGGCGUAGAGUUUGCAACACGCAGUAUAGAGGUUGAUGGCAAGACGAUUAAAGCGCAGAUUUGGGAUACGGCUGGUCAAGAGCGUUAUCGAGCCAUCACGUCAGCAUACUAUCGUGGCGCUGUCGGUGCACUGCUUGUCUAUGACAUUGCCAAACAUUUGACAUACGAGAAUGUAGAGCGAUGGUUGCGGGAAUUGCGUGAUCACGCUGAUCAGAAUAUUGUCAUUAUGUUGGUUGGCAAUAAGUCCGAUUUGCGACACUUGCGUUCCGUGCCGACGGAUGAGGCGAAACUCUUUGCCGAACGCAAUGGGUUAAGUUUCAUUGAAACAUCUGCCCUGGAUUCGACGAACGUUGAAACAGCAUUCCAAAAUAUACUCACAGAAAUAUAUCGCAUCGUAUCCCAGAAACAAAUCAGAGAUCCACCUGAAGGUGAUGUCAUUCGUCCAAAUGUGGAGCCCAUCGAUGUGAAGCCGACUGUUACGGCCGAUGUGCGCAAGCAGUGCUGUCAGUGACCGCCUUAUGCACGUCCUGCAUUACUUUUAAAUGUCAUCUAUGCAUAAAUAAUAAAAACCAACAAUACUACAAUAAAAGAUAUACAGAAACUAAAACUACGACCACAAUUUCCCCCAUAUGAAUCCAAAUCAAUUCCAAUCUACACCAGUGGCAUGAAACGACAGCAAAACCGUUAAAUAUAGAAGAACAGAAGUAGAUGCAGCAAAUAUUAUGAAUAUUUACGUACAUUUAUUAAAUGGCAAAGAAAUGAUUGAAGCAGAAAAUAGUAAAACUACGUUGAAAUUUAUUGAAAGAAAAGUAAUAAUAUAGAUAUGUAAUUAUAA